AUGUCCUUUAGUAUGGCUGGUGAAGAGGACUUCUUUUUGGAAGAAAAAAAGUUCAAGCAGUACUGUGAAGAAUUUGUUAAGCAUUCACAGAAAAUAAGAGAUGGUUGGGAGUGGAGAACUAGCAAGGACUUUGCUGAUGGUUAUCUUAGUAAAACACACUUCCAAAUAACAAAUAGAAAUGUCCCACCAGAUCUCAAGGAGAAAAACAAUGAUAACGUUGAGCAAACGUUGUUUAUGCAUGUUGAAGAAUCUUCGGAUGAUUCUCAAGUAGAUGGAGUUUGUGCAACAGCAGAAGUGAUUCGCUAUGAGUAUCAUGUCUUGUACUCCAGCAGCUACCAAGUACCUGUGCUUUAUUUCAGGGCGUGCUUUUUAGAUGGUAGAGCGUUAACCCUGGAUGAGAUCUGGAAAAGCGUUCAUGCCUGCUACCAGGCCCGGCUGCUGGAGGGGCCCUGGGACACUAUCACACAGCAGGAGCAUCCCUUACUUGGGCAACCCUUUUUUGUCCUGCAUCCUUGCCGGACUAAUGAAUUCAUGUCUGCUGUACUGGCCAGCUCUCGAAAAGAGAAUAGACAGACAAAUUACAUUGCAUCAUGGCUGAGUAUUGUGGGCCCAGUUGUGGGUCUAAAUCUUUCUCUGAGUUAUGCAAAAUUAGCCUCUGAGCAGAGUACAGAUGCUGAUGCAACUGAAAGGCCUCUGAGCUGAAGGGCAGAUUAUGGUUAGAUGAAGGAACGCUACUGCAGCCUUUCCUGGGAAUCAAACACAGACCAAAGGAAUCCCUGCUGAGCGGUAAGCAGCACAACUUGGAAAGACAACUGUUGAGAGCCUUUUCCUGGCAAGAGUUCGCCUGUUUACAUCUAAAGACGUAAGAGCUGCCUGCAGGUGCAAGAAGUGUCACCAAGACAUGAACUCCCUUGUGAUAGCAUUGACCACUUAAAGUUUGUUUUCCUGGGGUUGUGGCCAUAACAAGACCUCACACAAAUGUAUAAACCUGUGUUUCCUUGAUGUAGAACUGAAAUGUUGAGGUUUGAAUCUAGUAGAAGUACCUACUAAAAAUCAUGUUUCUAGAAAAGUCUGCACCUUGUGUGAGGACACGUGCAGGAAAACACUUUUAAUGUGUGGUUUACACCUGUAGCAAUCAGUGCAUGGACUCGAACUGAUUUGCUUAGGGAGCACCUUCUGUGCCUUGCUUUGACAUGUGGGCCCUCCUGUGUGUUGCACUUUGCUGCCUGCUCCGUGCACACACUGUAUCCCGUCCUAUGGCACUAGUCCCAGGACUGAAUAAUACUUUGCUGAGAAUAUUCCUUGUACAUCAUGCCUCAGGAAACAAACAAAAUCAAGAUUCCAGACAAAUAGAUAACUUAAAGUCCACAUCUGACUAAGCAUGUACAAUUCUAGAGUUCAUGAUGCCUCAUGCUGUGAUAUGAGAACAUCUGGCUUUUUCCUUCUUCACUGCCUCCAAAGGAAGCUGUGCCAUACCCUGAGGGAGUUACUGUUGUAGUCGAUUAGUAUUUCUCAUUGUACUAGUAGUUGUUCACAAGUUCAGUCCCCAUCCUGCAGCCCUUAUGCAAACCUCCCCUGAUAGCUGUUGAAUUUUGAGUAAGUAGAAACUGCACAGUAGUGCAGUCAGUGAAAAACAGGUUAGAAGUAACUUCCUAUAAGUCAUCUUGGAUUCCUUCCCAAUCACAUUUUAUUUGUAGUAUAAACCAGAACACAAGUCCUGAGCAGUUGAGAAGGAAUUAUGGAUUUUACUUUGUAUCUUCUGCAAUAUGUCACUUGCGUACUGACUCCAAUGUAUAGGGUAUCAGAGCUGGAGAUGUAAAAUGCCUAGGACUGCAAAUUCUUGGCUUUCAGAUAUUUUGAUUGGUUGCAUAUUUUUAACUUGCAUC